CUGUAAACACUUUCUAAAAAUAUUGACAAAGUUUUAAGAAGUCCCAUCGACAAAAGGAAAAAUAUAAAGUAGUGGUAGCAAAAAAAAUGUACAUUCAACCAACAAAUAUUGAUAAGUGAUAAAGACGGAUUAUCAUAACGUGUGCCUAUGCGCCAGAUGUUGAAAUAAGCUCUACAUGUUUCGUGAAGUCGACACCAUGCUUUCAAAAUUGAAACGUCCAGUGUUAUUUUUGUUAAUUGCGUUAAUAAGUGUUCAGAUAUUUCAAAUUUUAUAUCGAGAAUAUGUUUUAGAAAUAUCGCAAAAUCUCACUGAUGAUCAAGAUGGUAUUUCAAAAGAUACAGGUAAUGAGAAGCUUAAAAACGGUGUGAAUAAAAUUCUGGAAAAUAAUAAACAAUACGAAAAAGGAAUAAAUAAGGGUAGGAAUAAAAACAAAAAAGCAUUGACGACUUCUGAAAUCAGUACUACUACAGAAAUAAUAACAACUACGACGACCAAAGCUCCAGCAGAAGAAGUUCGUGUGAAAGCGGUUACUAACGAUGUUCAGGCAAAACUCGCAGAAAAGAUUCGAGGCUGGAGUCUUUCAGGAAGGAGAGAAAAUGUUGAUAGAAAUAACACUGUAUACCAUGGUCGUGAUUUACUGAAAGAUCCAGUAUUUAAGUUCAAUCCUCACUUCAAGAACCCAUGCUGGUUUGAAGGAGAUGAACUUCGCUGUCUCCCCUACUUGUAUGUGAUUGGUGUCAAGAAAUGUGGAACUAGCGAUCUUUUCUACAGGAUUGGCCUUCAUCCAGAUUUCGUCAAGCCUGGCUUUAAAGAAGCUCAAUUCUUUGCUAGAAAACGAUUUAGACCAGGAGGUUUGUUUGAUAAUAUAAAUGAAUACGCUGAAAUGUUCCACUAUGCUGCAGAAACUAUUUUAGAUAAUGCUAAUAAAUCAUCUGACGGGCAGUUAGCAAACUAUCGUCAUGUUACAGGUGAAGGAAGUCCGUCGAACCUUCAUCUGAAUACUCAUUGGAAAUUUCUCCCUGGAAACGAAAAUCUGGAUCAACCAAAAUAUGUGAUUUUAGACUAUAUUCACCAUUUCAUACCACAAGCGAAAAUGAUUAUAACAUUCCGCGAUCCCGUGGAGAGAUUAUAUUCGGAUUAUUACCACGAAUACGGGUCUCUGAUGAAGACCAAUAAACCAAAUCCUCGUCAGUUCCACAGAGUUGUCACAGAGGGUGUCAAACUUUAUAAAGACUGCUUCAAACGACGCUCCGUCCGAAGUUGUGUUUACGAACCAUCUCUUUAUGAACAAACUAAGAUUCAAAUACAGCUUGGGAUAUACUAUAUAUUCUGGAUGGACCUUACAAGAUUAUUUCCUAGAAAUCAAAUUCUUGUUCUUCAAAAUAAAAAUCUACGUGAUAAAGAGACCACAAUGAGAAAAGUUUAUCGAUUUCUUGAAUUACGUAAUCUUGACGCAGAAGACAUGCUGAUAGUUGUAAACAAGAAAGAGACUUACACAAGGCGGGAAUCUUUUAAAAAUGAAGGUCCUAUGUUUAAUGAAACGUUAAAGACUUUGCAAGAUUUUUAUAGACCAUUUAAUAAGAUAAUGUCAGACGCUACCGGUGAUUCUGACUUCCUGUAUGGUUAUGGUGACGGUACCAGCUGAUUUCUGCCGGUCUGGUUCCUACUCCUAGCCUACAUGACUGAAAAUUAGUGACAUUGGGGAAGAACACCCAGGCAUUUUGUCUGCGUAAUAACUCCUAAUUUAUAGUCGUGCAAUAAUUUAAUGUAUACAUUAGUUAAACUUUAUGAAUGAUUUCGUAUGUGUGAAAGUUAGUUAUCGUGAUCAUAACUGUAUUUGUUUUUAUUUAUUAUUAAAGUCCCGUACAAUAUAAUACAGCAUGUAUAAAAUGUAUAAUGUCUGUAUAGUCUUUGAUUGAGAGAAAAAAAUAUUUUAUAGUUUUCCUGUUAAGUUUUAGACUUAAUAUGUAACACGGAUAUAUUAUGGAUGUGAAUCUACUAACAUUGUCACAGGUUGUCAUACCUUUAUAUCAUGCACUUUAUUUCAAAUAACACUAUAUUUCAAAUCUUCGAGUGAUAACUUGAAACGUUUUAUUCCUUAUUGUUUUCAAUA